AGAAGCCCGCGAUGGCGAGUGAACCAUCCUGGCCCGACGCUCAGAGUGGAACUUUAGAAACCCAACAUCCCCUGUCACUUUUGGAUGUGCUCCAUGCAAAUCAGUUCGAAGGACAGUCUUUCACUCCGGAGCUUUUCCGUCAGACGGAGGAAAGCUUUUACUCAGGGGCCCCGCCCACAUGGUUGAACUUCCACAUCAGCGAGCAGAGCGAGUCAGGCUUCAUCAAACGAGACGCAUACGCUCCGCUGGUGGAGAAAGUUCGCGAUUCAAGGAGAAAAAUAGGAAUAUCCACCGUGAAACUGUUCCACCAGCCGGGGUGUGGGGGCACCACGCUGGCCAUGAAGGUGCUGUGGGAUCUGAGGAAAGAGUUCAAGUGUGCCGUUAUGACGGGCUCAACCUCGAACGUCACGAAGGUUGCAGAGGAGGUCGUUCAGCUUUUUACGGCGGGCGGCCGAUGCAGCUACAACACCGUGCUGCUGCUGGUGAAUGACCAGACGGUUUUAGAAAACCUGAAAGACGCCGUCAGGGUGAAGAUUGCCAAGCAGCAAGUGCAUUUCGCCCCCAAAAUGCCUGUAGUGAUUUUACUCAGCUGUGUACGAAAGGAUGAAGUUCAACACAGUGAUCACGUUGUCCUGCAAAAAGUGCUCUCCGAACAUGAGAAGCACAAUUUUAAUGCAAAAAAGGAAGAACUUUGCAAAAUAUACGCUGAACAAUGCGAUCGAUUUCACGGCUUUAACAUGAUCCAAAAGGAUUUCUCUCCGGCUUACGUCGAAGAGGCCUGUUCCGUAUUCAAACCAACCAAAAGGGCCAACAGGCCGCGAAAGACGCAGCUCGCCGCCUUCCUGUCCCUGCUGAACGCCUACGUGCCCGACUCGUUCCUGCUGGAGUCCCAGUGCCGGGACUUCUUCCAUCACGGCACCGACCGCCACCGGGACUUUUCCCUGAAGGACAGGAUGCAGCCCUUCAGCCACCUUAUCGUCACAUUCCAACGAGACGAAAGAUCCGACAAGAAAGUGCGCAUGGCUCACCCUCUGAUAGCGCGGCGCUGCACCGAGCUGAUGGCCGAAUCCGGUGUGACCAGAAGUGACACGGCGAGAAACCUGUUGACUCGUCUGUGCAGAGAUCAGGUUCUCCCGCUUGUGGUUGUCGGUUUCGUAAAAGACAUGCUGACCAAGAGAGGACCGAAACCCAAACAGAGGAAUAGAACAAAGGGUCCGAUCAAUGCAAUGCAGACCCAAGACGACCCGGAAAGGUAUGCGAGGCUCAUUCUCGAGAUCCAACGCAUGGAGAGCGGAAAAGAGAGCGCAUCGGUUCUAAAGGUGGCGUCAAACUUGUUUGACGGCGAUCCGUUUAUUCCACAAGCCCUCGCUCGUUUUUACUACACAGAGCUGAAAGACUACAACUUGGCCGAAAUGUGGGCCAAGAGAGCGAAGCAAAGAGAUCCGCGAAAUUCGUUUGUUGCCGAUACCCUGGGCCAGGUCCACAAGAACCAUUUGAAGAACAUACAGCGUCCUAUCGACCCACGCCUUGUUCUACAGCUGGCCUCAAAGGCCAUUGAAGCGUUCAAAGAUGAAGAAAGACUGGCCGAAAAUGAAUGCGGCGCGGACACGACAGGAGACGGCAACACCAGAGUAUCGCAACAUUUUAACAACAGAGGGCAGUUCGGUUAUUUGCAGCUCUGCAACGACGUGUUUCACCUUCUUGUCAGUCAAAACAACACUUGGAGAGAGGUUCUCACAAAGAAAAUGUCCUUGCACUCCGCCCUGGAAUCACUUGGAGACAAACGGCUCAUGCGAUUCAACGAUCUGAUAAACAGCCUCGGGGAUGAGAUUCUGAGAAAAAGUGCAUUCUUCAACAUAUAUCUGACUUAUUCAAAGCCCAAGUUGAAUGAUGACCCCGACUACAUUUCCCGGGACACCUCGGAGUGCUACAAGAAUUUUGUCGGAAGCUACCCAUCCGAAUGUUUCAAACGAAAAGGUGCUGUUCUCAUCCGGAAGCUAGAAAGAAAGCUAGUGGACACCUCGCCCAGAGUGCUCUCCUGUCUGGAGAGAGAAUUCAACGGAUCGGACCUCAAAGAAGUAACUACAUGGUGGGAACAGAUCUUGCUUCAGAAAGAAUCCAUCAGCUACAUCGUCGCUCUUGUCACGCUCAGAAACAAGAGCUCUGAAUUCAAGCAGAAAAUGCCUGCGAUCCUCGAUGACUCACCGGAGCACCACAUGUUGGCCCUGCUCCUGUGCUGGCCCGCAGACGGGGAAGCCAGAUGCCUCCUUGACCUCGGGGAGUUGAUCCAAAGAAUGAAGCGCUCCUUCGAGGUUGCGUAUGAGAAUCACCUUCGAUCGAGGUACCUCCGCCCCCUGUUUUUCAUGGGAAAUGGCAAAGGCCUGGACAGGAUUGUCCACAGAACGGUCCUCGAGCAAAACCAGAAAACGAAACAAGAUUGGAGCAACAACUGGAUCGGAGAGAAGAUUUUCCGAGAUCCCGAAGUCCAAGCACGCCUCGUCAAAGUGGAAGGGGUGGUACGGAGCUACCGACUCUUUGCAACCGUUGGUGGCAAAGAGAUUGAGUUGGAGGCGAACAACCAGGACAGCCUGUGGAGACCGAGAAAGGUGUCCUUCUACCUCGGCUUCACCAUCAGAGGCCCCGUCGCCUUCGCCGUCCACAAGAAACCUCCGGCCAACAAGGGUAAGACGGGUAACGCUUUGGAACUCGUGAGCACGAUGCGGCAUCGUGACAUGAGAUGCUGA